AUGGACUCGACUACUAGAGAUGGGAGCUGUGACAACCCGAGCUCACCGCCGGCCAGAUCAGGUCCCGGGAGUCAACUUUCCGACCUCACAGGGCAGUUUGUCGCCAAUUCAGAUAUAACCGCCUCGCCUCGGAGCCUCUCGAACGAAGCGGUCCGGCCGUCAACUUCAUCAUCAAACGCGUAUUCCUCCACGGCGUACCUGAGCACCCCAGCAGCGCACUCGGCUUAUCUCCCCACACCUGCCUCUCAGUCUUACUCCCCAUUUCCAGUCUUGAGCCCGGCAGUCCUAAACUCGACCUGGUCCCAGCCCGACACAAUCCCCGAAGAUUCCAUCCCACCCCUCUCCCACCAGCAAACCCACGGAACUUCACUCCAACAAGCACCUCACUUUCGUCAGGCUGAACCAUCAUCCAACAUGAGUGCCGUUGCAAUUCAGUAUGACCCUUCCUUCUCCAUGGGACCGAGGUCGGCAUUCACCUGGCCAGGCCCACUCGAAUCCCAUGCCUCCAGCAACUCCGUCCUGAGCAAUGCGCUAUCUUCGAUGGGCCACGGAUCGGAGCCCAGCCUUACCCCACCGAUGGACACGAGAUCAUUGACAUCCAGCCCUCCACGAUUCUCCCUCACAGCAGAGCAGCGUGAAUUGAAGCGACAACAAGACAAAGCCCGCCGAGACACAAGACUCAUGUCGCGCGUGCGCCGAACCAGCAGCCCCCCCUACGUGGAGUCUCCAUCAUCGGCCAUGCAGCUACCCGAUGCUUCGAGUGCAAUGAGCCUACCGGCCUACACGACCGCCUCUGCUUCUGUCUCCCUCAUGGCGGAACCUGCUGCUACGAUGAGCACGUCGCCAUAUCUUUCUUCAUACAGCCCUUCGGCGGAGGAGCAACAUGCGCAGGCAACCCCGGUGUACCCAACUUCGUACCCACAAAGCUUGCAACACAACUACAACUUACCGAUUGAUUAUUCCGCCGUUUAUGCAGGGCCUGGCCAUUACAGCACUCGACCAACAUCACUAUCUGUUGGUCAGGACGUUGGUCUCAUGUACCAGGUCCCUGCCGUCAUGACGACUGGAGGCGCAAGCUCGCACGAGGGUGGUGGACACGUCAGAGUCGUGCAGAGCCGACCUAAACCACGAUGCUGGGAACACGGUUGCAACGGGCGUCAGUUUUCGACCUUUAGCAACCUGUUGCGGCACCAACGCGAGAAAUCUGGACAAGCAGCUAAGGCGUCUUGCCCCAACUGCGGAGCUGAGUUCACCAGGACCACUGCGCGAAACGGACACCUCCUCCACGACAAAUGCAAGGGUCGGCGAAACACCUAG